UGUACUGUUGUUUCGAUGUGACAGAUCUGAUGGCUAUGGAGGGUCGGCUCUCCUCGUUAAUAAUCGUGUUCCACUGUCGACCUUGGCACUUUCUGCUCUGGAUGGUGAUAUGAAUAUAGUCGCAGGUAGAGUAGAAGUGUCGUCCUACUAACAAGUUAAAGUUACACAAGAUCGGCUACAACAGCAUCUUAAAUUCCUUUUGUUUUUUGUUUCUUUUUUGUUUUUUAAAUCACAAGCACGACUUGCUUCUCAUUUCACUUGUCAUUGGCAGAAUCGUCGACAUUGACAUCGACACGGAUUGCCAUAAAUAAAAAUAGAAUAGAAUAGAAUUUUGCAAAUGUCAGUUGGCACGAAAAAAUUGAAUUGUUAGUAAUAAUUUGUAUGAUUUUCGGCGACUUAUUUUUGUUGCUAAAAUGUAAUGAAAUCGAGAUAAACAUUUUGGUAUAUUUUACAGUGAAAACGCUGUUCUGUUGUGCAACAUGUUGAAAAACUACUACUUUAGUGCUGCUAGCGUAAAAACAAAACAACAUAGUAAUCUUGACAUCAUUGUGAUGUUCAUCUUUUGGUAGAAAUUUAGGAAUACCACGUCGUCGUUCUAAAAUGAGGAACUACCAUAAGUUAAUGUCAUACGUAUUGUCACAGUGUCACUGUAUUUUUACGUAAAUUUACGUCAAACAAAAUUGAACAAAAUAAUGUGAAUAGUUUAUUGCAUAAAAGAUUGAAUAAUGAAACAGUGAAAAAAUUAAUACUAACACAGAAUGGAGAGCGUUACAAAUUUUUCUAUAUCGCUUAUCAAAGGAUUCAUAGACAGCUUACGAGGUGUAACUGUACUCUUAUACUUAGAUAAAGAGAUCAAUGAGCGUGCCCUAAGUCGCUCGCCACCUACAGAAUUUGAAAACACAAAAAAUAAACAAAAACAACCCAAAGUGAAACAGGAAUCAAAAGUACUUACAAGAGUGUUACAAUCAUGCAUUCUAAACGGCUUUAUAUUUUUGCUUAGCAUAUUAAUAUUUGAAUAUGUUCUAUUGCCCGCGGUCAAGUACUUAGUAACUGUAGUGUUCGGUCACAAUCCCGGAGUGGCCCAUAAUGUAUGGGCGUGGAUGCAGCCGUUCCUGUCGAUGACUUUCAGGAUGAUAUGGGUGCUUCCAUUGUUCUUGUUGAGUAAACUAGUCAACAGUUUGUGGUUUCAAGAUAUAGCAGACAGCGCGUACCGCCACAGACGGGGGCGGCCGCAGUUCAUGUCGAGCGUCAGCAAGAUCAUUGCCGACUCGCUCUUCAGCUUGCUGGUGCAAGCACUAUUUUUAGUACAGAGUAUGUUAGUAAGUAUGCUACCAAUAACAUACAUAGGCGAGCUACUCUGCCUUAUACACAUGUGCCUACUCUACUCGCUGUACUCGUUCGAGUACAAAUGGUUCAACAUGGGCUGGGAGCUGCACAAACGGCUGACCUUCAUUGAGUCCAACUGGCCUUACUUCCUCGGCUUUGGGUUGCCGUUGGCAGUUCUGACGCAGAUACCACAGUCUUAUAUUAUUAGUGGUUGCGUGUUCUCCAUAUUCUUCCCCGUUUUUAUAUUGAGCGGCAACGAGGCUACCCCCGUUAUAGGAAGCGAGUACCCUCUCCGUCUAUUCUCGCCAGUGGUGGCGAUAUCCAACGGUAUGUUCCGAUUUGUUCGCCAGGGAGCCGAAGUAGUGACCCAACGGAAUAGGUGACUGCCACCCAACACCUAAGUUAUUGUACCUUUACAUAUAGCGAGCGGUGCAGGGUUGUGCAAACUUAGGUCUUUUUCACUAGUUGCGGAUAAAGUCUCAGUUAGUUAUCUGAUAUGCUAACUGCCAGAUAAAGGCUGCUUAUUUUUUUGCCUUUGAUAUUGCUAUCCGAGACUCCUGAAACGUUAUAUAGUUUAUCUGUCAGAUAAGUUCCUGAUAGGCUAACAGACACUUUAUCAAUAACCGGUGUAACUGGCCAUUAGUCUUGUUAUAUAUGACAUUUUCAUUGAUAGAUGGAUAUAUAUUUUUGUUAGUGAAACUUAAAUUCGAUGAAAUGGGGUUAGGAUAAGGUUCUUGCAAGUUGACUCUGAAAUACAUUGUGGAAGUAGUUUGAUAGAUAGUUCGUUAUUUUAUACUACAUCACCUUAUGUUUAUAAACCUGAAACUGAUAUAAAAUUGACACCAAAAUAAUUAAUUUUGAAACGUCAAUUUCACCAACUAUCCUUUGAGAGUUUUAUUUGAAUACCUAUCAAACUACUUCACAGAUGUCUAUCGUUGAGUCAAAGAACGAUUGUUGUAGUACGGUCAACAUAAUAAAUAUUACUAGUCAGUUCGCAACAUAUUUAUAAAUAAAUAACUAUAUAAUAUCUAGUUUUUAUCGUUCACGAAGUAUAUUAUAUAAUUACAUAUAUGAUGUUUUGUAUAAAAAUCGAGAGGCAGUUGUUGUAGUCAUAUAUUUUCAUAGUAAAGUUACAUAUAUUUACAUAUCGUACAAACGCGUUGUAGAUAUUGCAAACUAUGUACCUACUGACAAAUAACUAGAUAUAAUCUAUUUUAGUCAUAUUUCAGACCUGUUAUAACAAAGAAAUUGCAGAUUUUAAAUUUUUGGAUGACGCUUAAAUAAUUUAUGUAUUUUUGAUGCAGCGUUAAAGAACGUGAUGUGCUUAUGCCUUAACUUAAUUGUUAUUCCCGAAGUAGUUAAGCUUUGCAAUGAUUCCUUGUAAACACUAGUUUCUGAUAGUCUCGUAUAUCUACAAACUAUUUAUAUUGGUAACUUUGUUGGAUAACUAUGUUCGGGUCCGUCGGGUCGAUUUCCACUCUAGCUAGAUGCAGAUGAGUGCCAGUAGAUAACUAGAUCUUAUUUACAAAGCAAAGAACAGUGUUACAACAGGUCUUAAAUAUAUAAUACUAUUUAUAGUAAUAAUAUUUGCACAACCCUGUGACUGUAGCAACGAUUGUGUUGUCCAAAAUAAAAUACAUCUCGGUAUGUAUGUUCAUCGAUGUUCGCAUUGCUCAUGUUAUCGAAUGAACUGACGGAGGAUUUGAAUGACUGUCCAAUAUUAUAUUUUUAAUUAUCUUUUUUAAAGUCCUAUUCAAUUUUACUUUGAAUACAUAAAUAAAAUGAAAUUGGGAUACGGCAGGAGUAUGAUGAUGAUGAUGACAUAAAAUCAAGAUACAAGAGCUAUAUUUUAGUUAAUUCAAAUCUAAAAGUAUAUUCUGACAAGAUUUUUUGAGGCCAUUUAUCAUUUACGUUAUUUGAAUCAGGUAAUGGUGUCGCCCUCUAUGUCAUUAUGUCAAUGAACUUAUUGUUUUACAAAUUAAUAAUCAUGUCGGUAUUGGAUAGUCACUCAAAGUUGUUUUAUUAUAUCAAAUGGUGCCUGGAAUUAUUCACAUUUUAAACUUAAAUAAUGAGUAAUCGCUUCGUAUAAGUUGUAAUUAUAGUUUAUAUAUUAAUAUAAUUACAAUCAUUCUCAUUUAGAAAUGUCUGAAAUUGUGAUUGAUUUUUUACAUGACAUUAUUUAUUAAACGGACUGACUGAUCUA